AUGAAACUACAAUUAAAUAUCGAAAACAAUGUUGUUUUAAAACGGGACAAACCUUGGACUAAGUUUUAUGUUACGCAGCAAGAGCUUAUCUGCUUCAAUUCAGGUGGUGGUCAAUCAAGAUUCGAAGCAGUCGAUAGCGUUAGCGGUAAAAUUCAUCAUCUGUCAUUCAAAGACGCUGCUCAUGCCUCGAAAACAUCAGUAGCACAUUCGAUAUCGAACAAUGGAAAUAUUUUCUGUUUUUUAUUACAAUCAUCCUAUGACAUAUUCGUUUGGCAUAAAGACACUAAUAGUUCUCUCACUGUCCCUAAUUGUUUCACGGCAACAAAAAAUGCAAAGCCAAUUCAGACAAAUCGUUUUCAGUUAUUUGUCAGCAAUAGUGGUGAGCAAAUUGUACUUAUUAUUUACCCAUUGCGAAUAUAUUGUUGGUUGAAAAAUCAAGAUGCUACGCUUAUCCAUCAACGUCGUAAAUUUUGUGCAGCAUCCACACUAUCGUCAAAUGAAGGCUUAUGGACGGAAUUAAUGUUACCCGAACAUUUGAAAUCAGUCGAUGAAGUAAUGCAUAGUGAUGUGUAUUUUGCAUCAUCACGGUGCCUAUUAAUCUGUGCAAUCACGUUUGUAAAUAAAAAUGGUUUACCACAAAUUAGUCGUUUUGAUUUUGAUUGGAAAUCAACAGUUAAUUCGGAAAGAAAAUUAUCGUGGAAAGUUGAAGAUUUUGUUAUAUCAAUACCACAUUGUACAUCUGGAAUUGUAAGAUUUUCACAUACAAGUCCGAUACUUGCUAUGAGUAUCCAUCAAAAGGCAUCUGAACCGUUAAUAGUAUUUGCAUCACUGACAGCAAUCGCUUUUGCACGUUAUAUUCAUUGCAAAUGUUCUACCUUAUCUCGACAAUCAUCUUCAUCUUCUCUCGCAACAAUACCAACAGUUCAGCAAGAUCGAUCAAUAAUGAUUAGUGAUUUAGUGUGGUCAUACGAUGAUCAAUUUGUUGUUGGUUUAACAAAUCGUGGAACAAUAUUUGUCGUAAAUCGUUUUGGAGACCAAUUGAUUCUAUCUACAGCGGGAAAAUGUGUUCAACAAGGUCCAUUGCCUUAUAUCAUUAUACAUCCAUUAAUUGGUCCCGAAAGUGAAGGUACAACUCAUCUGGGUGUUGAUAUGUUUAUGCGUUCAGUAAAUUUGUCUUCGGCUGAUAAACAUGGCGAACAAAUAUUUUCAUUAGCCAAUAAUCCUGACUCUCCUACAUUCUAUUGUUCUGAUGGUUAUCGUUUAGCAACAUUAACAUAUUCAGAUAGAAUACGUGAUAAAAAAUUGUAUGAUCCAUUAUUAUAUUUUUAUUUAUUAGGUUCUUUAAGGAGCGAAAACAUUGAUCCAUUAUCACUCCAUGAUGAAUUACGUCAAAAUUUUGAAUAUAGUAAUCCGAUAAUAUCCGGUGAUGAUUUGGUUCAUCAGUCAUUUGAUUCUAAUAAUCGUGCAGAUUCAUUUGUUUCGCUUAAAAGUUUGAAUGAUCUAUCACCAACGUCACCAGUUACUAUUGAAGACAUUCUAUCGGCUCAUGGUCUAUUACAUACUAGAUUAGUUUCUCGACACAAAAUUUGUAAAAGAGUUAAUCGUAUGACAUACAUUGGUUUAUCAUCUUAUUUUCGAUCUUUUGUCGAACAACAACAAUCACCUAGUUUAACAACAAAUACCGUUCAUAAAUCGAUUAUUCUUUUUACACGUUUUUUAACCAAUAUUAUUUCAUCAGCAUCCUUUGGUCGGGUAACUUUUACUCAUAUAUCAUGUGUUGCUAGUUUAUUACCAUCCAUAUUUACUAGUUUUCAACAUGCAAACUCAUUACAUUAUUCUGAAACCGUACAUUUUUGUAUUUUAUUAAUUAUUGAAAAUUGGUUACAAUCUAUUUUAUACAUCUCAACAUCAAAUGAAUUUCAACUUGAACGAAUAUCGAAUAAUCAACGAGAAUAUAUUAAAAUUUUGGGAACAAAACAACUACAAAGUCUACAAGGUUUGAAUGUUGAUUUAACAACUUUUAUAUUACCAGAAAAUUUUGAACAGGAUAAAACUAUUCAACAUCCAUAUACAAGGAUGACUUUAUUAGAAGCAUGGUAUCGUCUAUGGUUAAUAAUUGAAAAACGAAUAAAUGAAUCUCGAAAAGCGAAUAAAUUGUAUCCAAAAUAUUUAUGUACAAUUAGAUUAUUUAUUCAAUCAUUACUACGUAAUUAUCCGUCAUUAAAUGCGAUAAGAUUUUUAUCAAAAGGUAGCCAAGUCGAUCUCAAUGAUAUAUUUCCUAGAUCUCAUAAACAAUAUCAACAUAAUCAAAUUGUUGACACAAAAUCGUAUACAGCAUUAACUGAACGUCGAAAAUCUCGACGAUUACGAGCAAGAGAAAUGAAUAGUACAUCGAAUGAUGAUGAGAAUCAAGAUUUAAUUAUAAAUAAAACACCAAGACGAAAACCACAGAGAACAAAAUACAGUGAAGCUCGAAAAGCGUUAUGUUUACAUCGAUUAUUAUACGGAUUAAUUGAACAAUAUAAUUUGUAUACAGCCAUCUGUGUAUUAAAUGUAGCAUUAAAACGUGAUACUCUCUCAUCUGUUAUACCAAUUGAUUUAUUUACAAAUGUAUUUCAAUUUAUUGAUACACGUACACAUUUUGGUAUACCAAAUCAUGCUAUUCGAUCUGUUUUACGUACAUUAGCACGUUUUAUGGCACGUGCAAUGUUAAAUGAUUCAACAUCAUUAUAUGUGUACUCAAUUGAUAGUGCAAGACCAUUACCAAAUUUAUUUAAAGUAAAUCAACAGCAGCAGCAGCAACAACAACAAUCACAACAUCAAUCAACAACAGCAACACGUUAUAUUCAUAUUGAUCGUUUACGUUUAAAAAAUUGUAUUGAUAAACAAAAUUUGAGUAAUUUUUGGCAACCAUUAAAAGUAUUAGAAUUAUUUAUACUUGGACAAUCGCCUCUUGAAGCUAUCUUAUUUUCAAAAAUGAUUGGUGAUUGGCGUACUGCACUCUGUCUUGCCGCCGUAUUACCAUCACAACAGUUAGAAAAAAAAUCUUAUUAUACAUCAUUUAAAUCUAGUUUAUAUUCUCCAAUUAAUUCUUUAACAGUCGAUUCAAUUUUAUAUAUUAAACUAUGUGAAUAUUUGGAAAUAGAUAAUUUAAAAUUAUUAAUCAAACGUCAAUAUAAACAAGAGCAAAUUUAUAAAUUUUUACAACAAAUAAAAUCACCAUUAGAACAAUUUCUUUUAUGUUCAACAAUUUUACAAGCACCAUUAGCUGAAGCAUUAUUUCGUCGUUUAAAUGCUAUUAUGAUCUAUUUAUUUACAUUAUUAUCAGUUAUUAUUACACCAAAUUAUUAUUUACCAUGUCCACCAGUUUAUUCAGCCAUGUUAAAUACAUACGAUGAGUAUGAUACAGAUAUAAAUGCAAGAUGGGAGUAUCAUCUACGUUUAUUAUUUUAUCGAACAAUUCAAAUAUUCAUAACACUAUUAUCAACAACAAAAAUACAAUUAUCUUGUUUAAAAUGGUAUCUUGAUUAUUUGAACACAAAUGAUACAGAAAAACAAUCUCAAAAUACGAGUGUAUUUGCAACAAUGAAAUCUUUAAUAAAAUCUUUAAGAUUUCAUAAAUUGCCGAACAUUCCUGACCGAAUAUUAAUCUAUUUUCGUGAUUUUUGCUCAAUAUUAUUUUUAUUAGAUAUUCGCGAUCGUUUAUCAUUAGCACUGAGAAAAUACAUACAGCAAAAAACUGAUUUUAGACAAUCACAGCAAAAUGAAAAAUUAUCGUGGCAAAUAAUUCAUUAUGGUACAAUACUCAUAUCAUUUCGAUUUUUAUUACAAGAUGAAACGUUACUAUUGCGUUCAAUAUUGAAUAUUGUUUAUGAUUUAGAACCAACACCAGUAUUAAUUAAAGAUGUAGCUAAUUUAAUUAAUUUAACAUCAGCGUACGAUGAUACUAUUGAAAUUAAAUAUUUGAUUGAUCGUCUAAAAGCAAAAUGGUAUUUAAUAAAUCCAACAUAUAUUGAAAUGUAUGAUAGUUAUUUACAGACACAACUAAAUACUGAUGCACAAAGUGAAAUGAUCAAACAUUAUAUGACAAAAUCAGAUCUUCAUAAUGAACCAUUGUUUAAUUUUCAUCCAAAAUGGUUUGAAUCAAGUACGGAAUAUGGUGAAUUUAUGAAUGUUCUUAUUCCACUAUUAUUAGAUACAUCUUCAUUAUCGGAUAAAAAAAACGUUAGUGAUAAUGUUGUUCCAUUGUUGCAUACAAUGUCCGAUCGUUUACGUGGUAUUGAACUUCCACCUAGUUUGGAGAAACGUUAUUUAUUAAAACAAUCAUAUGAGUCUCUUAUUUCAUCAAAACCUCAUGAGUAUGUUGUAUUUCCUGUUCGAACACUUCGAUUAGACGCACAGCCAUCCUUAUUUCAAAAUAAUCGUGAUCAACUUAUUGGAACAUAUAACAUUGAAACUCACGGACAACAACCAAAUGUUAUCACGUUAAAUCGUAAUAACCAACAUCAUAACAGGAACGGUUCAAAUCAGAAUUCAUCCACUCAAUAUGGUGAACAAUGGGACGGUCGUUCAGAUGAGCCCAGUCGCUCCUAUGUUCGUCAAUUUGAUGAACCAUAUACAAAUUCUGCACGAUUAAGCAUCUGGAUGACGAACUUCGCAAAUAGAGAUUUUUCGACACUAAAUGAAGCUCAACAUUCAGAAUCAACAGUCAAAUCUACUACUGGUCUUCGAAUUCCUGUUUCCGCUCAAUUUCUGUCUGCUACAUCACUCAUCAGCGAUCAGCAACAGUAUGAGUCAACAAUGAAACGUCGUCUCGAAGCAAGUGCUUACAAUUUCGAUAGUGGAAGGAAGUUCAAUCCUCAACAGCAAGAUAAGGGUAGCAAUGGUAAUGAUACGAGUUUAACAAACGUCACAAAAGACAGUGAUGUACCAUCACCUGAAGAUUUUAGUGAAGCAAUAUCAUCACCACGUCGAAUUAAAAAAGAUACGAUUCGCCCGAAUGCAACUGAUGGUGUUCAUGAUUUAUCUUACACGCUUGAUGAAAGUAUAACGUUACCUAUAAGUGUUGUGGGUGGUGAUGAAGACAUUAAAAAUGAAACAGAUCGUUUUCGAGCAUCAUCGCGAGAAGCAUAUUCAAUGGCAACAGAUAUUGGUAGUGAAGGAACAUAUGAUCUAAGAGAAUUUCCUACUGAAUAUUAUAAAGCUCGGCAAAUGAGUCCUCGUCAUCACAGUACUGCGCGUAAAAGUCCAACUAAGGUGUCAAUCAAAUCACCUGAUAAUUCUACAGCUCGACAAUCGAUGAACAGUCGACGUUUUUUCGAUGAUUCGGAUCCGUACGCUGAAACUCGAAUAGAACAAGAGGAAACAGAAAAAUAUUCAAUACCAGGUACAGACAGGUCACGUUCGAGACGUUCCCAUCGCCGUCCUCGAACUGAGCGACGAAGUGGUAGACAUGAACAACAAACAAAGGUUUUACCACAAAUUUCGCAACCGUUUGGUUUAUCAGCUAAACGCGAUCAUGUACAAUAUGUUCCAAUGACUCCAAAUAUUAUUCAAAAUUUUCCGUUAUUACGUUUGCCAUCCUCGCUUACUACACUUCAAACGUCCUAUAGAGUUGUUCAGCCAUCCAACGUCUAUAUCAACCAUCCUGUUAUCCCACAACAACAGCAGCAGCAACAAUAUUUUCCACUGUCUGUUCCGUUAAUGCGUCCAUUUGCAUCAACACCAAUGCUUCGUUUAGAAACCGCACCAGCCGUAUCCGGCUUUCCUCCACCAAUUGAGCAACAAAAACAUUCAUUUGUGCACAAUAUUAUGCAACGCUACGCUGAAUUAAAUCGUCCACAAUUACAAUUAUUACGAAUGCGACCACCCCAAACACAUUCUGACACAAUAGAACCGUUGCCGUUACCAACAACAAAUAUCGUCUCUUCUUCUGCCGAUGCUCAAAAAGAGAAAGUACAUAUUGCCGUACAAGCUGAGGUACCUCGACAGGAUGGUUAUAUGUUAGAGCCUGGCUUAUUUCAAGCUUUACUACGUGAGACUGGGAUCAACUUUACGUCAGCAGAAGCCCAUUUUUCCGCUGCUCGUCAACUUCAACAGCAAAUGUUGGAUAAUCGUCGACGAGAACGAUCAACAAUGACCGAAGGGGCUCCAAUCUUCUAUGAUUUGCAAUUUAGCAAAGGGGGUCAAGGUGAUGAAAGAAAGUUUAUGAAUGUUACUGAUAUAACGGGGUCGAAUGCUGAUGCUUUAUUAAACCAAAUAGAAAAAGAUCAAUAUGAGAGAGAACAACUUCGUAUUCGCCAACAACAACAACAACAACAACGCCAACAACAACAACAGGCUGUACAUCAGCCACAACAAAUUCCAGCAUCAGAUCAGUUUCACCAAAUUCCCAUCCAAGAUCGUCAUCGCUCUACUGUGAAUCAGCCGAGAACAAAAACAGUGACCAUCGAUAACCGCUACGAAGAUGAUAUUACUCAACACAAAAUUGAUCUCGACAUUCAGCAACGUCGCGAGAAAGACGAAGAAAUGAAACGAGCUGAAUUGUUAACAUUUGGAAAGCUAGAUGAAACUGAUGAACAGCUAAUUUCCCACUUUAGCCCGGAUGAUAAAGAUGUUCCAUUGGAAUAUUUAUUACGUCCGCGUACAACCGAACCAAACUAUAGUUCGCGUACAACCGAACCACAUUAUAGUUCGCGUACAACAUCAUCUCACACAGCACGUGAUAUCAAUUCUGCACGCUCCACAACAUCGCCACGCAAACAAAAAUCCAGUGAACGUGUAGUAAUAAAAACCACUACCCCGCGUGAACCAUUUUCAGCUCGUAAAAAAACAUCACCACGUAAAACGAUGUCACCAACAAUAAGUGAUCAACACGCCGAAGAGCGACGUAAGCAACAAAUGGAGCUAUCACGUGCGCGAGAACAAGAAGUUUUACAAUUUGUUGAUAAAGUUUUAUACGAUGAGCAUGUACCGGUAUCCAAGGCAUUACGCGAAUUUGAACUUCAGCCAUUAGAAACCAGUUUUACAUCGACUGUUCGCGACGAACUGGGACAAGAACUGUGGACUACUCAUCAGCAUGAACAAGCAAUAAAUCGAACGUACGAUUUAGAUUUUGAUGAUGAUCUUAAUUAUGAUCGAAUACCCACGAGAGACAGUCUGAGGCCAGCAUCAGCCAGGCAAGCACGCACAAAUAUUAAUCAAAAUGCAGCGCCGUAUUCCACUCCAUCAUCGCCAUUACUUCCAACAUCCAGUAGACCUGGUUCGGCUGCCUCAAUGUCUCGUCGUCCCUCAUCUGCUGGUAACAAACAACUAACGCCAUUUGGUAGAGCACUUCUACAAGUUAAAUCGAAAAAUACCAUCAGAACUGGUCCACCACCAGCCAGUUCUUCUCGUAGUAAUAGCAAUCUGAGACGACCUUUAUCAUCUCCUGCUAAACUCCAGCAAUCUCGUUCUUCAAUAACGAAUGCACCACAAAAUGUAACGGAUAUUCAAAAUUAUGUACGUCGUCUAACUACACAACUACGAUCAAAAUCAAAAUCACCACCACGCACUAUACCAUCUCACAAGGCAACCACGUACAAUCAACGUGUUCGUGCAUUAAAAAAAUCCCCUUCUGACACUCAACAACAACAAACAUCUGAUCUAAAAGCAUUGAUGCGUUUAUACGGCACGAGACGAGCACCCGGUCUAUACAAACCAUAUGAAAAAACAGGAGAGCGUUUAACAAAAACAUAUAGUGAACGUAUGAGAGAGUUACAACCGCCCUCCAGAAGUCAACCUUCCCAGCAUAGAAUGCCAUUAACCGAACGAGUAAUGCCAAGUGGAAUAUUGACAAAUAAUAAUAAUAAUCGUCCAAUGAGCGCUAAAACGGAAGAUGAUAUCUCAUUGAGCUUAUCCGAAUGGAGUGUAGAUGAGCGAGUCAAAGAAUUAUUAGCUGAUGAAAAUGAAUUGUCACGUGAUCAUCAAAGAAAAAAUAUUAAUCGAACAGUAAACAUAGCUCGUUUAGAUGAACAAGAUGAUGAUGAAUCAACGUAUAGUUUAACACGAGUAACAGAAAAGAAUGAGAACACAUAUGCCGAUGAUUUACUACAAUUGGAUCAAACGAGAAUUUGGCAGAAUAAUACUCAAAAUAAUAGUGCUCGACAAUUGAGUGAUAGAAACCAGACUGCUCGAGAUGAAAGUGAAAUGUCCGUAAGAGAUAGUAGCGUUGUGUCUGUUAUCGAUUGGGAUGCUAUCGAUCGAUUUGUUACUGAUCAAUAA